AGGAGAAGAAUCGCGAAUGAAAGCAAUCGAUACCGUAGAAAUUGCAUCGAAUCUCUCAGGCGAAGAAGCCCUCACUGUAAACGUUAUAACAUUGAGCACUUCCAAAAAUCACCAGAGAAAUUCAUUCAUUCACUGCAAAAUCCCUUUGUUCAUCUUCCGAUGCCCAAACUCCGCGUUGCCCUCAAAGUUUUCUGCUCCUUCAGCUCUGUGUUUUUGUUGCUAUUCAACUGACAAAAAAGCACCACAACCAAAUUGAUUUGAGGUCUGUGUGCGCGGGGCAUGGUUUGGAAGUACCAAGUGGUUUUUCCAAAGUUGCAGGGUAACUUCGUGCGGAGAAUAAUGCAAGCAUUGUGCUAUCAUGUAAAAGUUAAUUUACACUGCAUUUCCAUAUUUGAGUCAAUUGAAUGAGGCUGGGCUGAUCAUUGUAUGAGUUAUGGAUUGCAACAAAGAUGAAGCCAUUAAAGCAAGGGAGAUUGCUGAGAAGAAGAUGGAAAGCAAAGAUUUCACGGGGGCUCGUAAGCUUGUUCUCAAGGCUCAACAGCUAAAUCCGGACGCAGAGAAUAUUUCGCAAAUGCUCAUGGUUUGUGAUGUGCAUUGUGCGGCAGAGAAGAAGCUUUUAGGGAAUGAGAUGGAUUGGUAUGCCAUCCUUCAGAUCGAGCAAACAGCAAAUGAGGCGACGAUUAGGAAGCAAUAUCGGAAGUAUGCUCUUCUACUUCAUCCUGAUAAAAACAAAUUUAUUGGUGCGGAAGCUGCUUUCAAGUUGGUUGGUGAAGCUCAACGAGUGCUGUUGGACCAAGAGAAACGCCGAUUGCAUGAUAUGAGACGCAGACCAGCUAUACCGUAUCAACCUCCACAUAGAGCUGCUCCAUCCUUUAAUGUCGGGGUUCAAGCUAAUUUCAGAAGCAACUUUACGAGCUUCAUUCCUCAGCAUCAGCCGCCUCAACAGCAAGGACACUCAGGGUUCAGUCAUAAUCGCGCGACGUUUUGGACUGUCUGUCCAUUUUGUUCAGUGAGGUACCAGUACUAUAAAGAAGUGGUUAAUAGAUCACUAUGCUGUCAGAAUUGCAAGAAGCCCUUUGUUGCAUAUGAUAUGGAACUACAAGGGGCUCACCCUCAACCCAUGUCGAACUUGAACCAGACAUCAUUUUUCCAGCAGCAGAGUUCCUUCAAUCACAAGGCUGAUACAGGACGCCCGGGAAACUCUCAGUCUGACAAGCGUCGGAGGACACGCAGCACCUCGGCUGCUGCUUCAGAAAAAUUCACUGGUAAAAAGAAAAGGAAGCAGACUUCUGAAUCUAGUGAGAGUUUUGAUACGGGAACCAGCUCCGAUCAAGAGGAAAAUGUUGUUACUGAUGAAGAUAGCAGAAAGGAUGUUGGUUGCUCGGGAGAGCAACGUCAGCGUAGAUCGGUUCGAAGCAGGCAGAAGGUUUCUUACAAUGAGAAUGUAAGUGAUGAUGACAACGAUGACUUUGUGAUCACUCCAAAAAAAUCAAAGAGAAGAAAAUCAUCAAUCGUUUCUGACGACGACGUUGAAGAAGUAUAUGUAGAUGGGGCAUCUAAAAUCAAUAACCAUUACAGAUCUGUUGAUUUGGAUGCUGAUCGGAAGGAAGUAAAUAAGCAAGAAAAUCAUUGCUCUGAACGGAAUUUAUCGAAUAGAAACAAGGGAAGUAAGAAGGCGAGUCAUAAAGAAACGGCAGAUAAGGAUGUUUCUCAGGGAAGCACGGAGUCAGCUGGUGAUCCCAAGUGUAAUUUUCUUUCAUGUUCUGAUCCCGAUUUCCAUGAUUUUGAUAAACUGCGGAAUCGAGAAUGUUUUGCUCUCGGGCAGAUCUGGGCUAUGUAUGAUGAUAUUGAUACUAUGCCUAGAUUCUAUGCUUGGAUCAAGAAAGUGUUUCCUUCUGGAUUCAAGGUCCAAAUCACUUGGCUCGAGCCAGAAGUAACCGAUGAUGGCCGAAGAAAAUGUGUCGAUAAAGAAAUGCCAAUUUCCUGUGGUGAGUUUGUUUUCGGAGCAACUGAAACCAUGACAGAUUGUGGUUCGAUGUUUUCUCAUGUUGUUUCCUGGGACAAAGGCUGUCGUAAAGACAGUUUCAAGAUUUAUCCAAGGAAAGGGGAAAUUUGGGCUCUCUUCAAGAACUGGGAUGAGAACAGUAACUGUGAUUCCAAUAGCCGAUACGAGUAUGAGUUUGUUGAGACAUUAUCGGAAUUUACCGAAGAAGCUGGUGUCGAUGUUGCAUUCUUAGCUAAGGUGAAAGGCUUUUCGUGUCUCUUUUGUCGAACAGUCAAGGAAGGAGGAAAACCAGUUAGAGUCCCUGCAGCUGAGUUGUUCAGAUUUUCGCAUCGGAUUCCUUCGUUUCCACUCACCGGUGACGAACGAGAGGAUGUUCCAGAAGAUUCUUUGGAACUUGACCCAGCUGCUCUUCCCCCCAAUGUUCCUGAAAUUGUGAUCCCUGUGCAAUUAAAAGAGAUGGCCGCUGCUGCUGAUAUUAAGACAGGUCUCCGGUCUGAGAGCGAUGAUGCUAAUGUACCUGUAGCUUCGUCGGGCGAGGCUUAUGAGAUUCCAGAUCCUGAAUUUCACAACUUCGACGUUGACAAAUCUUCUGAGAAGUUCAGCAUUGGUCAGGUCUGGGCACUGUACAGUGACGAGGAUGCCUUGCCGAGGUACUAUGGUCUGAUCAAGAAGAUAACUCGUGAACCACGGUUCGAAGUGAAGUUGACGUGGCUCGAGUCCUCAUCCCUGCCAAAUGACACUAUCGAAUGGCACGAUAAAGGCAUGCUGAUUCCUUGUGGGAGAUUUAGAACUCAAAGGAGAACUACCAUGCACUGCUGCACUUCCACCGAUCCCUUUUCACAUCUGGUUAGAACUGAUUCUGCUCCUAACAGUGGCUUCUCCAUCUUCCCUAGAACUGGUGAAGUUUGGGCAUUAUACAAGAACUGGACUCCUGAAAUCAGAUCUUCAGAUUUAGAAAAAUGUGAAUACGAUAUAGCAGAAGUCAUCGACGACGACGAUUCACAUAAAGAAGUUAUGGUCUUGAAACGCGUCGAUGGCCAUAACUCGAUCUUCAAGGCUCAAACCAAAAACGAUGGUUCCACACUCACUAUGACAAUUCCUCAAGCCGAGCUUCUACGAUUCUCUCAUCAGAUACCUGCUUUUCGGUUGACAGACGAGCUGGGUGGUAGCUUGAGAGGUUGCUUGGAACUUGACCCUGCCGCUUUACCAAUAUAUUAUUUUUCUUGACUCGAUUAGGCAGGACGAUAUCGACACUGUAGGCAGCGAUGCCAUUGUAUACCUCUGUAUCUAAUAGCCCCAACCCGAGCCUUUGGACGGAAAACCGAACCUUUUUUGGAGAAAACCUUGGCAAACCUCAACUUGUUUAGAUGAGAAAUCUGUGCUGGUUUGGAUCUACGCUGGAAAACCAAGCUUUUUAUGCUUCACUUUCCAAAGGUGUGUGCUUGGAUCUUGAUCUUACUGGCUUUGGUAAAAAGAUAAGUUUCCCACUCAUAAUUACUUUGUUUGUGCAUAAAAUUUCAAUUAUCAUUGUGAAUCAACCACCUAUUUUGGUAUGUAGACUCAUUUGCCAAGGACAAGAUGAUGAAUUUCUUCACUUACCAAAUUUAAAUUUUCAAAUUUUACCUCCA